CUAGCUACUGUCAAAUAUCACAUCAGUUGCUUGUAGAACAGGAGAAACACAGAUCAUUAAAAAAGGACCCUUUUUUUUUAUACAUUUCCACUUCCUUUAUCUUUCAGCGUUUGGAUACCUGGAGUUUUGUUAUUUUUAGAGCUUUCUUUUUCUCUUCUGUGUGUUUGUGGAUACCGACAAUGGAUAUUGAUGUGUUUAAUGGUUGGGAGAGAUCAAAAUUCGAAGAUGAAACCCUAAUGCCACCUGGUUUUAGAUUUCAUCCGACUGAUGAAGAGCUGAUUACUUACUACCUCCUCAAGAAGGUUCUUGAUUCCAAUUUCUCUUGUGCGGCCAUUUCUCAAGUCGAUCUCAACAAGUCUGAGCCUUGGGAGCUUCCUGAGAAAGCGAAAAUGGGGGAGAAAGAGUGGUACUUCUUCACACUAAGAGAUCGAAAAUACCCAACUGGACUGAGAACGAACAGAGCAACAGAAGCUGGCUACUGGAAAGCCACUGGUAAAGACAGAGAGAUCAAAAGCUCCAAGACAAAAUCACUUCUCGGGAUGAAGAAAACUCUUGUCUUUUACAAAGGCAGAGCUCCUAAAGGAGAGAAGAGCUGUUGGGUCAUGCAUGAGUAUCGCCUUGACGGCAAAUUCUCGUACCAUUACAUUUCUUCUUCCGCUAAGGAUGAAUGGGUUCUCUGUAAAGUAUGUCUCAAAAGCAGCGUAGUUGGUAGAGAGACGAACUUGAUCUCUUCUUCUUCUCCUGCCGGAUCUGUGAUUGCUCCGAUCAUCAAUAACUUUGCCACGGAGCACGUGUCCUGUUUCUCCAAUAACUCUGCUUCUCAUGCCGAAGCAAGCUUUCCUACUACAUACCUUCCCGCGCCACCACCGUCACUCUCGCCACGUCAGUCACGUGUCGGUGAUGACGUGGCUUUUGGUCAGUUCAUGGAUUUGGGAUCAUCGGGGCAGAUUAAUUUCGAUGCAGCAGCAGCAGCAGCGUUCUUCCCUAAUCUACCUUCUCUGCCACCAACGCUGCUUCCUUCUCCUCCGUCGUUUGCAAUGUACGGCGGAGGCUCCCCGAGUGUCUGGCCGUUUGCUCUCUGAUGAUCGUCAUGCGGCUAUAAUCCAUCUCUACUAUCUUUUAAUAUUUUUAUCUAUCAAAAAGACCUUGUAUUUUCUUAAAUUAGUGCCUUUGUAUUAGUCUCCAAUCGUAUCCUCUUGACUUGUCUUUGUUUUCAUGUUUCUAAACAUGACAUCUCUUCGGAUUUUCAUAUGCAACAUAUUUUCUA